AUGUCUUCUUGUAGCUUUAACUGCUCAGCUCCCGCCCCCGCAUUUUCUCCAAACAGCGAUAUCACUGGGAUUGGAAUUAUUAUCAACAAUAUCGUGACUGCCGGCUUCGCCGUAGUCCUCAUUUGCGUCCACUACAUCACCGUCCAUGAUCCAACCCGCGAACCGUGUCGAAAAGAUGAUCAAACUCCAACUCCGUUUCGACCUAACCCGAUAGACGUAAACACCUUAGCACAGAUCAAAGCAACCUUCUGGCAGGCACGUUUCGUCACAAAUGGCAGCAAAAAACUCUCAAGCUCCUUACUCAAAUGUAUCAGAGCAUUCAGCGAUAUGCAAAUAGGGAUAGGUUUCAGUAUCCUAAUUAGCGGGAUUCUCAAGCUUAAAUGCGGGCUGUCAACCUACCAUUGGCAAGUCAUCGUUCAGCUAGCCUGGAUUUCCUGCCUGACUCAGUUAUCUUGCUUAACGCUUCUGCGUGACUAUCUCCGCAACCACCCUACCGAGCGGAUAUUAAGGUUACUAGCAGUGGGUGCAUUGGUGAUAAUAUUACUCGUCGGGAUUAGUUUUACCGGGAACUAUCACUGGGCCUUUGACGCAGAUAAUAACGAUCGCCCGAGUUUUAGUGACUCUGCAAUCUGCUAUAUGCGCCCUCGUCCGGGGAUGAACUCGGCAUUUUUGUCCAUGAAUUACUCAAUGAUCUUGUUAAUCCUUGGAUUUAUUUUGAGGGUGAUUAGCGUCUACGAUACACUUUCAGUUGGUGUUGAGCAAGCCAGAACUUUCCUUUCAAGACAUAUACGAAGGGUGCUACGCAUUGUCUAUGACUGGAGCAUUACGCACGACAAGAGCCAAGCAUCUAGGCCCCCACGGGGUUUGAGAUUGAUGCUUUUCUACAUUCCUCUCUUAUCUGUCUACACCACGUGCUGGGUGCUCGUGGAUGUGUUGGAUUCUACUGCUAAAGAGGUUCUCUGGUUGAUUAUGGCCUUCGUCUUUGGUAUUUUUCGAUUGAUAUUGACCAUAUAUCGACCGGAAAAGAUGGGCCUCGAGGGUUCGUUGACUGGUUUCAAUGAUUGGUCGUAUGGUCAAAUUGCUUCUGUGGUAUUACUAGCUCCACCGCUCAUCACAAUAGUUGAGUACUUCCAGGAAGAAUAUGAGCAUUUCGCACCAGAGACGACCCCCGCACCAGAGACAAUCCUUGCACCAGAGACGAUCCUUGCACCAGAGACGAUCCUUGCACCAGAGACGAUCCUUGCACCAGAGACGAUUAUUGCACCAGAGACGACUCCCGCACAAGACAAGACGACUCCCACGCCAGAGACGACUCCUACACAAGAUGAUGAAUCACUUCUCUCUGACAACCAAACCGUACCCGGACUCUUUUCUGACCCAAACCGAAACCCCAUGGACCUGAACGACCCCGACAAUGAUUGGGUCUCGCACCCCAAAAUAUCCAAUCAGGUCUUUAUAGCCCUAGCCAAUUUUUCUUUCCGGGUUAUCAGCAUGUCGGCAGAACGUGGUCCUGGCUACAUGAGCGGGUGGCUCUUAGAUGGUACCACCCUCUUCUUGGGUCUUUGGGUUUUUAUACUCAUUCUUUUGUCUUUGUUGGCGGAGACUGUAUUUUCGGAAAGGAGACCUUUAUUUAACUAUUUUUUACAUUUCGUGCUUAAGAUAUACAGUCUUUUGUUUGGGAAUUUCCAUAUCUCCAUUUGGGCGAAGUUUGUUUAUUGUUUCGCGCCAUUUCCCAUUCUCGGUGUUUUCGCGUUUCUACUUUGGGAUUGA